AUGGCAGCCGUACCCCCGAAGGUCGAUGCCGCUUUCCGCGAUUAUUGCUACAUUCCAUACACGGCUCUCACGCAAGCCGCGUGCCUGCGCUCGGCACGCGGUGAGGAGGAUUACAUCCUGAACGCGAAAGGAGGCUUAACCGUCAAAGGCCUGAGCCGCGAGAACGAACGUGGCAUAUCGACCAUCGAAUGGCUGAAGGCAGCGAAAACAGCGGAGGAACAUACUCAGGUAUAUCACGGGAAAGACCGGGGUGACGCCCUCCAGAGUCACCACACCGUGGUGUUGUCGCUUGCUCAUUCACACGGGUGGGCAGUCGCAGUCGAAUACGACAUACAGCAGAGGGAAGCUGCCGCCAAUGACCAUCGACACAAUUGA